UCUACGUUGUCGUACGCACUGGUGAGGUUUCGUACGAUUUCACGUUAAUUUGCAUCGCGCCCGUACGUUCUUUUAAUUAAUUCGUGCACUUGAGUCAUUUAAGCGUGUACACCCUGUGCACGGAAACCACCUCGUAAAAAUAGUUGAGCACUUGAGGAUUUUUUUUCAACGAGUGAUUCGCCGAUUUAUCGUUUCCAGUGUAACCAAUACAAGCCCUGUCAAUGAAAAUUAUCACAUUAAAUAAGCAUGGCUGGAAACGAGGAAGAGAAUAAAUUAGCUGUAAAAGAAAAGACAAAACUUGAUGAGCCCUUUGCUAUUAUACACAUUCAACCGCUAAUAUGGGGUCUGAGAUUCCGGUACAAUGCCAAAAAGAAUGGCGAAGCCUACAGUGUUUUGAGAGGGACAAACAGCACCACGGAGUGUCCUCUGUAUCCAACGAUCAAGGUUUUCAAUCAUUUUGGUAAACAGAUGUUUGUCAUAGUUUCUUGCGUAACGAAAAAAGGUCCGCCCUACCUGCAGCAUCCUUUCCAGAUUGUCGGCAGUUCGUGCGACGACAAAGGGUAUUACCACAGUAUCGUGGAUAUUCCGGAAGACUCUCGAGCUACGGAAUUGGUCCUAAAGAACAUAGGCAUCAAAGUCGUUAGGAAACAAGAUAUGGUGAAAUCUCUAGAAAUACGCGAGAGAGAUCGAGUCGACCCGUUCAACGCGGGUUUUUCGCACAAAAUAGAUUUCGAGAAGAUCGAUGUGUCUUCCGUUCGAUUAGCGAUUCAAGUUUACCUUCAAAAACCCGAUGGUGAGUUUGGCGUAGCUUUGAAACCAAUUGUCACGGAGCCCAUUUAUAACGGAAGAUUGGCCAGUAAGACUUUGGAUAUUGUAUUCCUGAGUCCCGACGAAGGCUCAAUGAAAGGAGGCGAACUAAUCACGUUGCUUUGCACCAAAAUAUUUUAUGAAGACAUAAUAGUUAAAUUUAUCCACGAGGAAAGUGGAUGGCAGGGAUUUGGUAAAUUGGUCGAACCAUUUCACCACAGGAAGUUUGUACUCUUUUUCGAAACUCCCUGUUACGAUGGACCGCGGAGUGAGCAAGGAAAAUAUAGUUUCGUGGAUGUGAAAAUACAAUUGGAACGACGAUCGGAUGGAAAACGGAGUGGGAUGGUUCCCUUUAAAUUUAUAUCACAUGGAAGUGAUCUAGGUGUAAUGUUAAAAAAUGUAGCAGUGCGAUCAUUACAAGUGGAUCAUGAAAUACCAAACAGCAACAAAAUGCCAAGAAUUGUAAAAGGCAGGCCGUAUUUGGAAAUCGUAAGACAACCUUGUCCGAUUGUAAAGUUUCCGCACGAAAAGGAGUCAAGCAAGUACGAUAGCCAUAUUUUCGGCGAAGCAAAAGGACACGCAAAGAAAUCGUACAUGACAAUAAAGUUUUUCAAUAACAUAUAUAAAAUGUUUCUGAGUGUAUGCUGCGUAACGGCUGAUUACCCGUAUAAUUUCCACCCAAAUUCAAUUGUUACGAAGACCGAAAACCACAAAUUCAUACGCAACGGGUUCAUACACGAGAUUCCAAUCGAAGCCAACCAAAAAGAGUUAGUUUUCAACGAGCCUCUGCUAUUUUCGAUACAGCAUCUCAAAAAGAGCGAUUACGAGGCCAAACAGUUGGAAAUAGAAGGACUCAAAGUCAAUCCAUUCGGUUCUGUUCCAGAAUUUUCCGAAGCCGUGAAAAGUAUGGACGUGCAUCGGGUUCGUCUAGGAUUUUUCGGAUACUACGAGAAAAAUGACGAAAUCAUGCCACUUGACCUCGUUGUUUCCAACGUCAUUACAGAUGCAAGGAUCGUUAAAAGACCCUGCAUAAGAAGCCUGAGUCGCGGUUUUGGGCCCGUCAAUGGAGGAGUGUACUUGAUUUUAUGUUGUGAUAAUAUAGACCCGAACGACACUAAGGUGGAGUUUUACCACGAAAACGAAGAUAAAGAAAUCACCUGGAAAGUGCAAGCUAAUCCCGUUUAUUUUCAUGAACAAGCAGCGAUUAUUUGCAGGACGCCUUCCUAUUACGAUCAAAACACUAAAAGUGUCAUUGACGUCAAUAUUCAGCUGAUAAAAGGCUCGUGCGACCUCAGAAGUAUCCCAUACCCAUUCAUGUUGUGGCCCAUUCCCGUCAGAGUCAUGAAUCACCUGUCAUCUUUGAUGUCACAGAGCGCAUCAAUAGAGUAUCACGAUGAAGAAACAAGUAGUGAUUCUGAAGACGAGGAAAAAAAUGAAGAAAUGGACAUUGAAAGUAGUAGAGAUGUUGCUGAGUCCGUAAAAAAACAAACAAUGAAAAGAAUGAGGGAGUCUAGCACCCUAAUUUCAAUAAAACCCUUACCAAAAAGACCGGCAAACGUUGAUUCAGGGCAAAUUAAAAAGGGAUACCCAGUACCUCCGCCUUUUAGGCAACUUGGAAAUACUUCGGAUGCAGAACUACAGAAAAUAGUUAAUCAAUUUUCUCUGGGAACAACAGAGACCCCCCAGACAUUGGCUGUAAAAUGCGAAACGGACGUCAAGUUGGACACAUCAAAGAAUCUUCCAAAUAGUAACCCAAAUAUGUUUUGUACGCCUCAACAAGGAGUACCACCAGAAUCGUUGCAAGUCCCUUCCACAUCACAGCAAAAGUGCAAUACGUUUGAUACCUCGUCCGUGCUAGAAAAUCACCAAAAUGCAAUUUACAACGAAUUUUGUCCGCUUCAAAAUAAUACAGCAAGUAACUGGGCGCAAAUGAGCUCAUUGGAUGCAAACCCACCCGUGAGUUCCGUUGAGCAACCUGCAGGGACACCCAACGAAUGUUCCAUCCCAGACACCGUCAAGCGGCUUUACUCGAAGGAACAAGAACGGGAGGAUCAAAAUUUGAAGUUCUUGGGCGUGGAUUUGGUGGACUUUUUCAAGAACUCGAAACCUUUGGCUCCGCUGAGCCCAUCCAAGCUUGGCAAUAAUAAUAUUGUUGAAAAUCUCAGCGUUAACAACGUUUUGUCUCAAGACACAUUUGGUGCUUCCUCCGAUGGGUUGCAACGUGAACCACAACGUCCUGUAGAGAAAUCAUCGUCAACAAAAUAUCCCGCAAGUCCAGCAACUACAGCUCGUAAGCAGGACAACGACAUUUUUUCCUGCGUAACAGGAGUAGACGACGAACUCUUCCGUAUCAUCGCGGACCUGCAGAACCAUGAUUAUCCAACUUCGGAUGUUCAAAAAUCUCAGCAGUACACCCCUCACCCGGUGAACUCACCAAUGGAGAGUAAUUAUUUUCCUUGCUCGACGAACAUGUACCAGCAGCCAACAGCAGGUCAUCAGCCAAUGCCACCGAAUGGUCCUCAUAAGCAUCCGGGGUUGAUGCGAGUGAAAUCUGAGCCACACGGUUACUGCAACGACCCGAACAUACCGCAACUGGUAUCGGCACCGUGCGCCCCCCAAUGCUGUUGCAACGUCCAUAAUCCGAUGCAAGUGCAAGUUAAUUACACAAAUCCAGGGCAGUUUUGUGCUCGAAAUCAAUGUAGCCGGCAAAUGAGUAAUCCGCAUUAUCCAGUUUCGAUGUCAUAUAAUGGCCCGUAUCAGUGGAGCGGUCGCGGUGUGGAUCAGCCGCAAGAUAAUUUUAUGAAUGUCGUGGCUCCUGCCGUUGACUGUCAAUCUAAUGGUUGUACCAUGGCGCAUAGGCAACCGUGUGGUUCGAAUACGUACUACAAACAUGGCCAUCAGAAUAUGGCGCGUACAGAGGUUGAUUCCGUGAACGCAUCGUCGCCUGAUUUUUGGCAUCAAUAUGGGGGACACAGUGUGCCGCAAUUGCAAAUGAAUAAUCCAGGUUGUAACCAAACCUUGGCAAAUCAGUAUACAUCGUAUCAACCACAAAUGAUUCCGCAACAAUCAAACAGUUAUCCAUUGCAACAACGAAUAACAAGCACUGACAGUGAUAAUCAGUACCCUGGACCAAGAAAUCAAAAUUUUGCUCACUCUGAGGCACCAUUAGUUGAAGCAACUCUUCAAAAACAGUAUCCACAGGUUAUUGUUCAACAUAAUGCUCCUGUAGCCGGCAGCGUUAAUUUGCUUACUGCUUCUAAAACUGAAAAUCGACUGGAUGGGUUUAACAAUGAGCGACUAAGUGAUUAA